AUGUCCCUAGUCGUUUUACACAUAACGCGCAGCUUUCCCUGCGAAACGCGCCAUAGGCGCGGUACUUUCCCAGCACAACGCGCAGCAUUCCCACACGCGCACCUUGCGCGCUUUAUUGCGCUUAAGCGCCCUGCAUUGCCUGCAUUGCCUAUCCAGGAACGUCCCUCUAUGUCCAUCCACCUCAUUGGUAAUCUGCUGGUAGACAACAAGUCGGAGAGCUAUGAGCAAGUGGUACUGCUAGUGGAUGACACGGAGCUUGAAUCUACAGUGAAUGGGUCUAAGGAGGUUGAGGCUGGGGGCCGUGGAAAGCGCAGACGCGUUGCAAACACUCAGUACAAGGAUUUUUGGCUGCACUAGACCUUUUUUUCAUGUUUUUACCAUAUGUCACA